CAUUUACUACCACAUUUCAUUAAAAGUGAAAUCUAGGAAGGAUGUCUGAAGGCCGACUUUCUUCAGUUGUAAGGUAGACAUCCUCGGACGUUGUUGCAUUCAUGGAGAGAAAGUUUAGGUUCAUCUCUUGAAAGCAGUGAAUCUGGUUUGACCUAUCUAAUCCAGUAUUUGGUUCAACUCAUUCUUUGUGGAAGAUUAAGAUAUGGAGAUUGAAAGGGAAAGAAACUUUCAAUUUAUUGUAAGAAAUCUGUUUGCUGGGGGCAUUGCUGGCAUGGUGUCAAAGACAACUGUGGCUCCUUUAGAUAGAGUAAAGAUUUUAAUGCAAGCACACAGUAAACACCAUACGUCCCAUGGGGUAAUAAGCGGAAUCAGACAUAUCAUUACAUCAGAGUCUUUAAUAGCACUCUACAAAGGCAAUGGUGCACAAAUGGUUAGGAUUUUUCCUUAUGCUGCAACCCAAUUCACUUCUUUCGAAAUCUACAAGAGGCAUCUGGCUGGAAUCAUCGAAUCUAAGUCGCAUAUAGACAAAUUUUUAGCAGGUGCUGCUGCAGGAUUAACAGCUGUAACCUUGACAUAUCCUUUAGACACAAUUAGGGCAAGAUUGGCAUUUCAAAUCAAGGGUGAACAUGUCUAUAACGGGAUUACACAUGCGGCUGUUACCAUAUUCAAGGAAGAAGGGGGUACCAGGGCAUUAUAUCGUGGUUUUGUACCCACUUUGAUGGGUAUGGUUCCUUAUGCCGGUUUGUCUUUCUAUUGCUUCGAAUAUUUCAAAUAUGGAUGCAUGAAAUACUUGCCCUGGCUCACCUGCAACCCUUGUCAGAAGAACACAGGAGGCUUAGUGCUCUCUGUACCUGCUAAAUUGAUAUGUGGCGGUUUGGCCGGGGCUGUAGCCCAAAGUGUGAGUUACCCGUUGGACGUUACCAGAAGAAGAAUGCAACUGGCCAUGUUGAAUCCCCAAACAGAGAAGUUUGGACAGAGCAUGUUUUUGACUUUGAAAUUGAUCUACCAGAAUAAUGGAAUAGUGAACGGUUUAUAUCGAGGAAUGUCUAUAAAUUACAUGCGAGCGAUCCCUAUGGUCGCUGUAUCCUUCUCGACUUACGAACUGUGUAAGCAGGUGCUCAAUUUAGAUACAGGUUUGAAAAUUUAAAGAAAAAUGUGUACCAAAGGCGAAUUCAAGUAGAUGGGGAGAAUUUGGUUUUCGAAUACAUAUCUUUGUAUAUAAAGAAAGGGCAGGGUUGGGACAAAUAGUUCGUGAAAAGUGUAAAUAGUGUUGUAGAUUUUCUGCAAAUUGCAUGUAGUAUUUAUUGUAUUUUAAGAAUUUCAACCCAGUGCAAUAUAUUCUGAAAAGAUUGUUUUUGUGUAUGCUUUUAUUUUUUUAUAGGUUUUCAGAUUUGUUUUGUCAUUAUGUUUAUUGAUUGAUAUGUAAUAAAACGAUAGUGAACUCGAAAACAUUCCAAAUUGA